AUGGAAUUGGUGAAAUUGCAUAAUGAGUUUGCAUUUGCCUCAGCAACUGAAGAGGUGAGGAAGGCUUUAGAUAAGAAACUCCGCAAACGCUUCUUCAACUAUAAGCACAUUUGUCAUAAAUACUACAAGAAACAAGAAGACCAGACCAAAGCUCUUCUGAACCCUCCAGAAGGAGUGAAGCAGGAAGACUGGGAGGUCCUCUGUGAGCACAUUGAGAGUGAUCGCUUCAAGGGGCGGAGCACAAAUAACAUAAAAAAACAAGGCUAG